AUGGAGCUGAUGAGAUUGCUAGAUCAAAAUAAACAAGAAGAAGACGAUCAGAAGAUUCAGAUUCAGCUCAAAAACCUGUACGAAGCAGCAAUGAGCGGAUCGGUGCAGCUCCUAUCGCAAAUCCUAAAGGAAAAUCCGCAAAUUCUCCAAUCGCCGGAGAUCUCCACCACUCCUGAAAAUCCUCUCCACGCGGCGGCGCUCCUAGGCCACCUAGAAUUCGCUAAGAAGCUUCUCAGCGCAAAUCCCGAGCUCUCGAAAUCGGUGAGCUCGAGCGGCUCGUCGGCGCUUCAUCUGGCGGCGGCGAAGGGGGAUGCGGAGAUGGUGAAGGAGCUGGUAUCGGCGGAUUCAUCGAUGUGCGGCGCCCGCGACGGGGAUGGGAGGAAUCUUGUGCAUCUGGCUGCGAUCAAGGGGCGGACGGCGGUGCUGGAGGAGCUGCUGAAGGCGGAUCCGGCGGCGGCGAUUACCGGCGGAGGAGAGAGCUGCUUGCAUCUGUGUGUGAAGUAUAAUCGGGUGGAGGCGAUGAAGGUGAUACUGCAGUUUUUGGAGGGAGGGGAUGAUCGAUUGGUAAAUUGGAGUUGA